UGUAAGUUGAGUUUUGAUGGAGUAUUUUGUCUGUUGGCCAGGAUGGUAUUGGGGCUGUUUUGGGGAUGACGGGAGUUAUUUUAUAGAUCGUAGGGAUAUCUUAAUGGAGAUAGAGUCAAGGAAUCGAUUAACACAUAGAAAUAAGAGCCAAGAGAAUGAGAAUUCUUCAUGACUUUAUAAAGAAGAUGGGCUUUUGAAAGUAUAUAAUAAUCAAAAAAUUUUGAACGACUUUGAUUGAUCUGCUAAAAAUCAGUUUAAUAGGCACAUGAAGGCUAAGAGACUCUAAAGGAUACUCUAAACCAGCAAUGAUUAUCCAAAAAAUUAGUUCUGAACGAGAAGAUAUCACUUGCAUCUGGAAAGCACUGCUCAAUUUUGCAUAAAAACAAUAGUCUAGUAGAACCUCCGAUCAUCCAAAGUAUUGGUAGUUCAAUGAAAAUCCAUCACGUCCAGGUUGCUAAGUCUAAGGCUCGAACCUCAAAUCAGAAAGAAGAACACUCUCUCAAAGACGAUAUUCUGCACAAGAGAAAACUAGAACUAGAAGCCAUCAAGUCAUUUAAAAGGAAGAUGCAGGAGAAAUAGACAGCGGGCAAUCAAAGAACUCGAAGAGUUCUUUGACCGCAGCGGCUCUGAUUCCUCUUCCUCUCAAGAUGGCUCAAAUGAGUUCUUAGAAAUAAUUCAACCUAAGAAGAAAAUAGAGAUUUUCUCUAAAGCUGGCCAUCUCAAGCACCGCUAUAGAGAACUUGAGAGUCUCAAAAUUACGAAGCAAAGGAGCCAUGAAGUCCGUUCUAGAGUUACGAAGAAGAAAAGAAUGAAGAUCAACUACGAUGACUAUGAAAUUACCCAUGUCAUCGGCAAAGGUGCAACAGCUGUUGUCAAGUUAGCCACUCAUAACAAAAAGAAGACUAAUAUUGUGUUCAAGAUAUAUGAGAAGAGCCAGCUUGGAAACUCUCAGAUGAAAGCUUUAAGGACAGAAAUUUCAAUUAUGAAGAAACUAGACCAUCCUAAUAUCAUAAAACUCUAUGAUGUCAUUGAAGAUGACGCCAAGAUUAUGCUAGCAAUGGAGUAUCUCUCUGGAGGAUGCCUACGUAACUAUCUUAAGAAGAGGGCUCAUAAGAAAGUCAGUGAGGAAGAGACUAAAAUUUACUUCGGUCAAAUUAUCCAAGCUGUGAAGUACCUACACUCUAACAACAUCUAUCACAGAGAUUUGAAAUUGGAAAAUAUACUUCUAGACUAUAAAUAAAGAUAUCAAAAUUAUCGAUUUUGGGUAUAGUAUUCAAUGAGAGCCUGAAGAUCAACUUGAGGUCUACUGCGGAACAGCCCCUUACAUGGCUCCAGAGAUGAUGAUGAAGCAGCCAUAUUGAGGAAAUCAUGUCGACAUCUGGGCUCUCGGAGUUAUAGUAUACAUCAUGCUAGCUGGAAACUUACCUUUUAAUGGCAAAAAUGAAGAGGAGCUUCGAAAGAAGAUAUGCUGUGGACAGUACAGAAAUCCUACAAAAAUUUCAUUUGAUUGUAAACGAUUUCUUUCAAGUAUUCUAAACUUAGACCCAAUGAAGCGUCCAUCAGCUAACGAUUUGUUCUACGAUCCUUGGAACUCGAGUUUGUUUCAAAGAAAGCCAAUACAAGAAAGAAUGAGGAAGAAUAAAUCUUUCUUAAAACCUAUUCAGAUGGCAAGAAUGCAGAACAUCAAGAAAGGGCUAGCUCUGACACAAAAGAAAGAUCUCAAAAGGAGACUACUCCAGUAUUAGAAUUA